CUCAAAUUGUGCAGCCCGUCGCAUUUUAAGGUUAUUGAAAGAACUAUUAUAUUUUUUAAAUAAUUACAAUCAUGAGUGAUUCAGAAUAUUUAGAUGACACCGAACAAAUUAUAUCGGAAUCUCAUUCUAAACUCCUCGAAGCCGUAUCACAACUUGACAAAAACCAAAGAGUAAAGAAAGCAGAGAGGAGCGAACCUACUUUGGAAGUUUCCGAAUUUCAUUUGGUAAAGAGUGGAAUAUCUGACAGAGAUGCAGUUUACAUGAAUGAUUUGUCAAAAGCAUUGGGCAGAAAGGGUCACCAUCAUGAUAUUACCAAAAAUAUAAAAUUCGCCAGGAAUAAAUCAAAUAUUCUGAGAAAACCAUUGGAAAAACCAGUUGCAGAAAGGAUAAAAAGGAUUGUUGGUUUUGAGAAUGCAAAGAAAGAACUGAACAAAUGGAACGCUAUAAUAAGCAAAAACAGAGUGGCAGGGUCCCUUCAGUUUCCCAUGAAUCAAUCGUCUAUGAGAUUAGAGCCAUCCAAACAAUUUGUCAAGAGAUUCAGGCUUAGAUCGGAGUUGGAGGAAAAACUGGCUGCUUUGGAGCCACAGAAAGAGAAUAUUGAAGAGAAAGUCGAUGAAUUUUCCACAACAAUGCAGGAAAUUGUUGCAAAGAGGCAAGAAGCUGCCAAAAUCAGAGCACAACAAUCUUACAAGGAAUCGAAGUCUCGUCGUGAAAGGAAAAUCAAGAGCAAAAAAUUUCAUCGUUAUCAAAAAAAGAAAAGGAUUAAGGUGCAAUUGAAAGAGUUUGAGGAAUUGCAGAAAACUGAUCCUGAAGCUGCGUUAGAGAAGCUAGAACAACUGGAUAAGAGCAGGGCUGAGGAACGAAUGUCAUUGAGGCACAAGAGUACUGGGAAAUGGGCGAAAUCAAAACAAAUUAGGGCGAAAUACGAUAAAGACACUCGACAAGAACUCGCACAACAAUUAUCGGUUAGUCGAGAAUUGACGCUAAAGUUUAAAAAACCAGAUGAUUGUGAACCCGAUGAGGAUGACAAUACUCCUUCCAUGCAGUCUGUUUCUCACGAUCCAGAAAAUCCAUGGACAUCUACUAAUAAAUCCGAAACGGAAAUAGACGAGUUUGUUAAAAAUUAUCGUAAAUAUUGGGACGAACAAAAUAAUCGAUCCGAAAAUCAUAGACUCGACGUAAGCAAAACCGAUAAAAACGAAAAUGAUAUCAGCCAAGUAAACGUUUCAAUGGAAAAUAUAAAUAAUCAUGCUACUUUAGAAGAUGAAGGUACUAAUUGUACAAAAUCAUCAGAAUCGAAUAGCUCAGAUAACGAAAUAAUGAAAAAAAAACCAUCGACAGAUGAUAAGAAAUUGAACAAAGAGUCCAAAUUAUUAAAGCAAGAUUUAAACAAAGUCACAGCCACUUCCGUUUGGAACGUAGAAUCCGUCGAAAAUUUACCUAAACCUUCGACGUUGAACAUUUUAAAUAUCGAAGAAGUGAACAAUAUAUUUGAUGACAUGGAAGAAAAUAUGAAAGACAAAGUUAAAUUGAAACUCCAACAAUUUACAGAAAGUUACAAUAAAAAAUCAAAGAAAUAUGAAACAAAAACGAAUUCUAAGAGCGAGGAAGGGAAUUUUGACGGGCUGGAAAUGCCAUUAAAAAAUCCGAAACCAAUUAUAGAUUCAUCUUUGCAUGAAACCAUAGACAAAAAUGGUUCAAUGAAAGAAAUAAAUAGUGAAUUGAAAAUUGUAGAAGAUGGAAGUAGUUUGGUAGUAAAUAAGCCAAGCGAAAUAGAUCCAAAUAAGUAUAUAAACGUGAAACCUAAGAGAUUGAAUACUGGAUUGUCAGAAAUCGAUGCAAAAGGUGGUGAUGUUUUAGACGAUAGUGAAAACGACGACGACAACCAUAAUAUAAUUAGCGAAGCAUUUGCCGAUGAUGAUGUAAUCGAAGAAUUUCGAAAAGAAAAGCAAGAUGAGGUGGAGAAGUUCCAACCUAAGGAUAUCGAUUUAACUAUACCAGGAUGGGGAAAUUGGUAUGGGAAAAAUUUUAAAGUAUCAAAGCAGAAAAAAAAACGUUUCAUUUUGAAGUUUCCUAAAGAUUUGCCAAGAAAAGAUGAAAAUAAAGGGGAUGUUAUAAUAUUGGAAGAAAAUAAUAAAAAAUUGAAAGAACACCAAGUAAACGAAUUGCCAUUUCCAUUUACCAGUGUCAAAGACUAUGAAGCCAGUUUGAGAAUGCCGAUUGGAAGAAAUUUUGUACCUGAAAUUUCUCACAGGAAGUUAAUCGAACCUAUUGUUAAAACUAGUAUGGGGAAAGUUAUUGAACCGAUGGAUGAAAAUGUUUUAUUGAAACAAGAAGAUAAAAGUCGAAAUUUUAUUCAUAAGAAAAGAAGUAAAGUAAUUAAAAAGAAAAGAAUAAAAUAGG